GACGAGGUCCAGCAUCCAAUCCUCCUCCAACAUCCCGUCGGGGGCUUCAGAUGCAGGAACAUUAUUGUGUUCCAGACGGCCGGCCGCUUCUUCUCGGCCCCUUCUUUUUUGUUUCGUUUGUCUUUGCUGGCUGAAAGGUGGAUUCUUCAGUGGGAUGAGAUCCCACCAGGCCCAUUCCCCUCGCCCAAGAAUAUGCCAUCAUGAACCCAAGCUCGACUGUUGAUGAUGCUGUGCCGCCGACCGGUGCCAUCCGCACGCACGCCCGGAGUAAAACGUCCGGCUCUAUCGCGAAACGGGCCUGUGACCAGUGCAAGUUUCGAAAAAUAAAGUGCAGUCUGUCGCAACCAUGCAGAGCUUGUGUUUCGAUGGGCUUUGAUUGCACGUUUUUCCAGCCCCAGAAGAAACGCGGCCCGACUGGACAUCGUGUAUCACAAAUCCGACAGCAGCAAACCCGCUUGUUAAGGAAAAGCCCCCAGGACCAAGCCAGCUCGAAUCCUAUCCAAGAUGCCGCCUUUCCAUACCAAGGAGGAGCUCCGUCUCAGGAGAUGGGUCAAAAUGAGACAAUCCCGAUGCCAGAGAACGCACACUGGCCUGUCCAGGGCGAAGUCCCUGUGCCUGUUGAUGGAACUGGACUUGCACCACCACCGUCUACCUCUGCGGCGCCUGUAGGGCCCGGAUGGGGCGCCGAUGUUUCAUCGAUAGAUUCUCACAGCAACAGUGCCGUCAGCUGGAACGACCGGAAUGAUGUCGAAUACUGGCUUCCAGACAAUCUGGAAGCCCAGGUCCCCAUGUUUGAUUUCCCAGGAACCAACAUCUACCUAAAAACUUCCCUUCCGUCUAUCAUUCAGUCAGAGGCAGAUGCUCCUGGGUUAGAAUCGCAUCCCGUAGAGCCCCCAAGUAUGCCUCUGCAAAACAUGGGGGCUUUGCAAUCAGAAGGGGGGAAUACGAGGUCCGUAUGGCCACCUUCGAUCAUCGAGGCGAAUAUGAUUCCGUGGAUUGAGGUAUAUUUCGACCGGUUACAUCCAACAUUACCACUUCUGAAUCGAUCAUCUUUGUUCAUCCGAAUGCUGUCCCAAGAGCACCGGAAAAACCCUCAAUUCGGUUCCAUGCUUUUGUCCUUGUGCGCAUUUUCACUCACCCAACCUAUUGAGAUUGAUGAACGACCAACGUCAUCAUCUCGCGCAAACCAAGCCAGAUCUAUGAUGAACGAAGCUACCAGAAUGCGUAGCUGUUCGGAUUUCGGGGAAAAUCCAACAAUUGAGGCGGUGCUCACGAGCUUUUUCCUCUUUGGCUGUCUUUUCGGGAGCAAUCAGCACAACGCUGCAUGGCUUCGCUUGCGAGAGGCUUUAGACCUCGCCGCAACCCUCGGAUUGAAUAAUCCCGAUCUAUAUCACGAUUUAUCCAGCGAAGAAAAAGGCCAAAGGUUGCGAACCUAUCUUGUACUAUCUAUAACAGAGAGGGCCUAUGCACUUCAACGACGACAUCCAAUAACAUUCUGGGGCAAGCCUGGGUUUACACUGCGCUCCGUCAAUGAUUUCAUCCACAAUGCCACUCACAGUCUUGUAUCCGGGAUCAUUGUUCACAACGAAAAGGACGCCGAAGGCAUGAUGGGAUUGGCUCGUCUGAUGGAGUUGUUCGACGCGAUCGACGAGGAUGUCAUCGAUUGCUGGAAUCGGCGAUGCACAAUAAACAAUGGUUACUGCGAAAAGCUCACACAGGAAAAAGCGUUGGCGAUCCAUCAAAAUCUUGGCCGAAUCAGUCCUUCUGAGCGAUUCAAGGGCUAUGACUGGUUUGAACGCGCCAAGUCAGUUCCGGGUGAAACCCAAAGUGCGCUGUUAAGUAUGGGUCUGCGAGAGACGCAGAGUGCCGAUAUAUUUAUUACACAGAAAUGGCUUCAAAACCGAAUCUGGGUUCUCUGUUCUACACAUGGUCUUCUCAGACCAAUAUCCGACCGCCAUGAACUUAGUUUCAACUACGCCAUCUCCAUCGCAAAGGAAACAUUGGCUAUAUGUCAAUCACUACGCCUGAGCUCUAUGGAAGCUCACGGGAUAGGUUUGGCCGAGAAGUUGUAUGACAUUGCCACAAGCGCCAUCAAUGUUUCUUCCAAUAUUCCCCCGCCACCUGGAAGUGAUUACGCUUUAGCCCCCUCUGACAAUAUAUCCCCGCAUGGUGGUACAGCAUCCGCUGUUUCGUCCCCUCAGAACCUAGCCGAGGACUUCAUGCUAUUGUUAACCAGUCUGAGGGGUGGGAAUCACCCUUUCCUUGAAAGGUUCAAAGCGUUUCUAGCCUCACCGCAUGGCAUUAAAAACGAAUACUCACAUUGGGUCCCGCAAUAAUUUGAACCGACUAUACCACCCAUUUGCUCUACCACCAUCCGUUCUAUCUUUUCGCUUCUUGGAUACCGGCGCUUCGAUCUGCGACUGCAUCACGCUAGAUCUUUUUUUCUCCUUCUUCUUUUCUUUCUCGUCUAAAGGGCUUUAAAUCUGGGUUUAAGGGGGGCGUUCUAUCUUUCUAGACGGUCAUGUAUCUGCCCAAUAGUGGAAGAAGUGAACAUUAAACGCGACUAUAUAUAAAUCAACCUGGCUAAGUGUAGGCCAUGAAUCAGUAUUCAUAUGAAGAUAACUAACUACUGAAUUUUCUCGUUGUACUUUCCACUUUCAUUAGUAUCCAAAAUGAUCAAUCUUGCAGCCUGGGCUAGAGAAGACCGACUGUCC